GGGGCGUGGGUGGCGCGUGCAAUUGCUCGGCCAAUAAUUGUGCAGCGCGCGGGACCCCGGUAGUGAAGGUUGGGCUGCCAAGGUGCCAGAGCGCGGGAGUUGGUGCGGCGGAACCAUGGUCAGCCAACUGAGCGAGGGGGCCAUUGCGGCCAUAAUGCAACAAGGAGAUACAUCCAUAAAACCCAUCCUCCAAGUCAUUAACAUUCGUCCCAUUACCACAGGGAAUAGUCCACCCCGCUAUCGACUACUUAUGAGUGAUGGAUUGAACACUUUAUCCUCUUUCAUGUUGGCAACACAGUUGAACCCUCUUGUUGAGCAAGAACAAUUGUCCAGCAACUGUAUUUGCCAGAUUAACCGAUUUAUUGUUAACACUCUGAAAGAUGGAAGGAGAGUAGUUAUUUUGAUGGAAUUAAAAGUUUUGAAAUCAGCUGAAGAAGUUGGAUUAAAGAUUGGCAAUCCAGUGCCCUAUAAUGAAGGACAUGGGCAGCAGCAAGUAGUUCCGUCUCCAGUCUCAGCAGCCAGUCCAGCAACCAGCAAGACCCAGCCACAGAACGGGAGCUUGGGAAUGGGUUCCACUGUUUCUAAGGCUUAUGGUGCCUCAAAGACAUUUGGAAAAACUGGAGGUGCCAGCCUUUCGAGCACUUCUGGGGGCACACAGGCCAAGGUGGUGCCCAUUGCCAGCCUCACCCCAUACCAGUCCAAGUGGACUAUUUGUGCUCGUAUAACCAACAAAAGUCAGAUCCGUACCUGGAGCAAUUCCCGAGGGGAAGGGAAGCUUUUCUCUAUAGAACUAGUGGAUGAAAGUGGUGAAAUCAGAGCUACAGCUUUCAAUGAGCAAGUGGACAAGUUCUUUCCCCUUAUUGAAGUGAACAAGGUGUAUUAUUUCUCGAAAGGUACCCUGAAGAUUGCUAACAAACAAUUCACGGCUGUUAAAAAUGACUAUGAGAUGACCUUCAAUAAUGAGACCACUGUCAUGCCCUGUGAAGAUGGUCAUCAUUUACCUACAGUUCAGUUUGAUUUCACAGGGAUUGGUGACCUAGAGAGCAAGCCCAAAGACUCACUUAUAGACAUAAUCGGGAUCUGCAAGAGCUAUGACGAUGCCACUAAAAUCACAGUGAAGUCUAACAACAGAGAGGUUGCUAAGAGAAAUAUCUAUCUGAUGGACACUUCAGGGAAAGUGGUGACUGCUACUCUGUGGGGGGAGGAUGCUGAUAGAUUUGAUGGCUCUAGACAGCCUGUGAUGGCUAUCAAAGGAGCCAGAGUUUCUGAUUUUGGUGGACGGAGCCUCUCUGUACUGUCUUCAAGCACUAUCAUUGUGAAUCCUGACAUCCCAGAGGCCUAUAAACUUCGUGGAUGGUUCGACUCAGAAGGACAAGCCUUAGAUGGUGUUUCCAUCUCUGAUCUCAAGAGUGGAGGAGUGGGAGGGAGCAACACCAACUGGAAAACUUUAUAUGAGGUUAAAGCAGAGAACCUGGGCCAAGGUGACAAGGCAGACUAUUUUAGCUCGGUGGCAACAGUGGUGUAUCUUCGCAAAGAGAACUGUAUGUACCAGGCCUGCCCGACUCAGGACUGCAAUAAGAAAGUGAUUGAUCAACAGAAUGGAUUAUACCGUUGUGAGAAGUGUGACAGUGAAUUUCCCAAUUUCAAGUACCGCAUGAUCCUGUCAGUAAAUAUUGCAGAUUUUCAAGAGAAUCAGUGGGUGACUUGUUUCCAGGAGUCUGCUGAAGCCAUCCUCGGACAAAACACUGCUUAUCUGGGGGAAUUGAAAGACAAGAAUGAACAGGCAUUUGAGGAAGUUUUUCAGAAUGCCAAUUUUCGAUCUUUCAUGUUCAGGAUCAGGGUCAAACUAGAGAACUACAAUGAUGAGUCUCGAAUUAAGGCCACGGUGAUGGACGUGAAACCUGUGGACUACAGAGAAUAUGGCAGAAGGCUGAUCACAAACAUCAGGAGAAACUCAGUAAUGUGAGGGGAGCAGCACUGGUUGGGCAGAAGUUUGCAAAUAAAGAUCCCAGAUGGAAACGAUUUCUUCCCACCCCUCUGUGAUAAUCCCACCUUAGCUACACAGUGCAGAGAGCCUCUUUAUGGUGGACUCUAAGCAAUUUCCUCUCUUAUGUGCAUCUCAGAACCCAUCGGUAGGCAAAGGAAAACGUGCUGGAUGGCUGGUAUGUAAGUUGUGUCAGGCCCAGGGGGUCGGCCAACAGGUAGUAUAGUACUACUCUCUCCCUCCGUCUUCAGGCUUUUGUUAAUUUUAUUAAGACUUCAUUAUCAUUAAGCAAGAAUUAUGUCACAAGUGAUUGACCCUAACUGCAGACAGUGAAAUAAAUUAUGUAACUAGAAUUUUGUUUGUCCCGGUGGUGACAACUUCACGACUUGGGUUGCUUCUUGCGGGGAGAGCUGAGAAGUGGCUGUGGGGAACCUGGGUGUUUUAGUAAGUGUGUCUUCCUAGAAUUCAAAGGCACUCUCUUUCUAGAGGUGCUACAUAGUUGUUAAUGCUUGGAAUGGCAAUAGGAUAGAAUUAUUAAUCAAAGGCAUAUCUUUUAUAUCUGAAGAAUAUCCUUCCUUCAGGGUUUAAUAGACGGAGUCAGAUGGGUCUGAUAUUAAUCAAAAUUGUCUCUUCUGAGGACGGCUGAUAAGCAUUGACUUGCUGUCCCCUAGGGAAAUCCAGGCAACAACAAAGCAUUGCUUUAGUUUUCACUUCAAUUAAUGUUGCAUUUUGGUGGUGAAUGCACACUUUUUCUACCUGUACAUAUUUCUUGCAUUUGUAUGUUUCAUUUCUUGACUAAAGCUAUGUUCAAUAGAAAAGAGUUUGAAGGGAGAGGCCCUUUGUUUCCCUCACUUUGUUUUAAUAAACAAUAUAUUCUUUGUGAAUCCUA